AUGGAACGAGCGAUUGGAGGCAAGGGCUUAUUGUCUCACAUAAAUGGAGUAACCGACCCUCCUCCAACCACUCAUCCCAGUUACUCGAAAUGGCAACAGAGAGACUACUGCUGCUUCAACUGGAUAAUCAACAAUGUCGAAGCCAGUCUCAUCAAUGAAGUCUCACAAUACGCGACGGCCCGAGACCUGUGGGAGGGUCUGGCCAUCACAUAUGCAAGUGGAGCCGAUCCAUUUCAAGUCUCGGAUCUGCACAGACAGGCGUACAACAUGAAGCAAGGGAACAUGAGCCUCGAAUCACUGUGGAAUAAACUCCAAAGUAUCUGGAUCUCCAUCGACGAAAGAGAUCCAAAUCCUAUGGACACGCCAUCAACAAUAGAGAAAUACAACAAGAUCAUGCAGUGA